CAAAAAUAUAAGAGGAAUCAAAUGGCACAGUAAUGAAAGAGAGAGUGACAAAAUCCAAAACAAGAAUACAACCGAUACUGAAAAAGGCGCUCAUACACGCAAUUACUUGCUUUAUCCACGCUGAUUCUUCCAGUUAAUAGGCGAAUCGUCUCGGACUGUGAAAACUCAUACAUAUCAGAGAUGGGGGGCGGUGGUGUUCAUAAUUUUGGUUUUAGUUGUGGCAGAUAAAAAUAAAUUGAAAGAAAAUUCAAAAUCCCUUGCUACAACCGUUUAGGACUUGCAAUCCUGGGGGGAUUUCGGUGAUUUUUGCGGUUCUGUUGUUCAGACUGGGUGUUGCGUAUUUGACGUCUUGGCAUGGAUAAUAUGGAUAUCGAUUCGCCUGCUGAACCUAAACCUCUCAAGCGCCGUGAUCGAGUCCUUCGUAGGCUGGCUCAACUUGGUGUUCCUCGGGAGUAUCUCGAAAGGCAAUGUCCUGGUAUAGUUGCUUUUGUCAUGGAUAAUCCAACCUGGAUACCUGAUUUAGUGUCUGCUAUUUUACCUUCUGAUGAGGAUGUAGCAGAGAAUCUCCUGGAAACUAAGGCACGAUCAAAAAAGGUUCUCAACCCAACAAUGAAACAACAUUUCAGGGAGUGCAUGUUUUGGUUACAGUGGAUGAUGUUUCUGUGUGAACCAGCCAUUGCUCUGAAAAACCUUUCCAAAAUUAGUAUUGGCCGUGGUGUUUGUGGCGCAGUUUGGGGAAAAAAUGAUAUUGCAUAUCGGUGUCGAGCAUGUGCCCAAGACCCAACAUGUGCCAUUUGUGUUCCUUGCUUUCAGAAUGGAAACCACAAGGACCAUGAUUAUUCUAUUAUUUACACAGGCCAAGGAUGUUGUGAUUGUGGGGAUGUCACAGCAUGGAAACAGGAGGGCUUCUGCUCAAAACACAAAGGUGCUGAAAAGAUACAGCCCCUUCCAGAGGAGUUUGCAAACUCUGUAGGGCCUGUGCUUGAUUCUUUGUUCAUUUGUUGGAAAAAUAAGCUUGUGUCUGCUGAAACCAUCUGCAAGGAAAAACCUAGAACAAAUGACAAUAUUUUUGUGCUCAAGAAGGUAGCAAAUGAACUAACAUAUGUGGUGGUUGAGAUGUUGCUUGAGUUCUGCAAGCAAAGUGAGAGUUUGCUUAGUUUUGUUUCUAGGAGGGUAAUCUCAUUGGUUGGUUUAUUAGAGAUUCUGGUAAGGUCAGAGAGGUUCUUGAGUGAAGGUGUUGCAAGGAAACUUAAUGAGCUGCUUCUGAAGUUAUUGGGAGAACCUAUCUUCAAGUAUGAGUUUGGGAAAGUAUUUUUAAGUUAUUACCCAUUAGUUGUACACGAAGUCAUAAAAGAAGGCACUAAUGAUACUCUCAAGAAAUAUCCGCUGCUACCUACAUUCUCUGUGCAGAUCUUUACAGUGCCCACUCUAACCCCACGACUGGUGAAGGAGAUGAACCUACUGGCCAUGCUUUUGAGAUGCUUAGGAGAUAUAUUCAUCCACUGUGCAGGAGAAGAUGGGCGUUUACAGGUUACCAAGUGGGGAGCUUUGCGUGAGACCACUAGUCGUGUGGUUAAAGAUAUUCAAUUUGUUAUGAGCUAUGGCAUUGUGCCCAAAUUUGUGAUUAAUGACCAGCGAGAUAUCUUGAGAACUUGGGUGAGACUUCUGUCUUUUUUGCAAGGAAUGAGUCCCCUAAAGAGAGAAAAUGGCCAACCUCCCGAGGAGGAAAAUGAUAAUAUAAAUUUGCCUUUUGUUUUAGACCACUCUAUUGCCAACAUUCGUUCUCUUUUGGUGGAUGGAGCAUUUUUUAUUAAUGAAGAGAUGGAUAUUUUUUCUGACAUGAGUAAACAAAAUAUGGAUGAGGAAGAUAGCACGAGACUUGCAAAAGUAGGACAGUUAUCUAAGGAAAGUUCAGUAUGUGGUGUUUCAGGGAGGAAUAGUUCAGUUGUUUCUGCAAUGCAGGUUGCUAAAGUUAAAUCGGAUUCCGUUGCUUGUUCUUCAAUUCCUUCAUCUGUAACAUGGCUAAUAUAUGAUUGCUUGAGAGCCAUUGACAAUUGGUUAGGAGCUAAUCAUACAUAUGGGGCUGUAUCAUCUUCAAAUACUGGCAGCAGUUCCAAUAGCAACUUUUUAGCAUUGAAGAAAACUUUGUCUAAGAUUAGUAAGGGCAAAUAUGUUUUUGGGGGAUUUACCUGUUCAAAUGAAGAUCAUAGUAGGCAGGGUUUGCCACCAGGAUAUAUUGGAUUCUGCAAGAAUAUGGGCUCAGGAAAUAUUAAAAAUACAGGAUAUGACUUUGAAACAGUUGAUUCUGUCGACAAUGAUACUGCUACUUCUGAUGAAAGUUUGAUGGAAGCAGACACUUCCUUAGAAGAAGACGCCUUGCAUAUUUUGAGUUCGUCUGAUUGGCCAAAUAUAAUUUAUGACAUUAGUUCACAGGAUGUAUCUGUUCACAUUCCCUUACAUCGAUUACUUUCCUUGCUUUUACAGAAGGCAUUAAGAUGGUGUUAUGGUGAAUCUGAGGUGCUUAGUACAUCUAGUGCAAGCAUUUUGACCUCAUCAUGUUCAAUUUAUGAUGAUGAUUUCUUUGGACAUGUCCUUAGUGGAUGUCACCCUUAUGGGUUUUCUGCAUUUGUCAUGGAGCAUCCUUUGCACAAUAGGGUGUUCUGUGCCCAGGUUCAUGCUGGAAUGUGGAGGAAGAAUGGUGAUGCUGCCAUUUUAUCUUCUGAUUGGUAUCGCUCAGUUCAGUGGUCUGAACAAGGCUUAGAACUUGAUCUUUUUCUCAUGCAGUGCUGUGCUGCUUUGGCGCCUGCUGACCUUUAUGUCAAUAGAAUUAUAGAAUGCUUUGGGUUAUCAGAUUACCAUUCUUUGACCCCUGAGAGAUCCAGCGAGUAUGAACCAGUUUUGUUGCAGGAAAUGUUCAUGCUUAUUAUACAAAUCGUCCAAGAAAGGCGAUUUUCUGGGCUUACUCCUGCUGAAAAUUUGAAAAGAGAGUUGGUUCAUAAGUUAGCCAUUGGAGAUGCUACUCGUAGUGAAUUGGUGAAGUUUUUGCCUUGUGAUCUUUCAAAGUGUGAGCAACUUCAGGAAAUUUUAGAUUCAGUCGCUGUAUAUUCUAAUCCAUCUGGCUUCAAUCAGGGGUUGUAUUCUUUGCGCUGGACAUAUUGGAAAGAGCUGGAUCUGUAUCAUCCUCGGUGGAACUCAAGGGAUUUGCAAGUUGCAGAAGAAAGAUACAUGCGCUAUUGUGGUGUCUCAGCAUUGACCACUCAGCUGCCUAGAUGGACAAGGAUUCACCCUCCUCUCAAGGGUGUAGCUAGAAUAGCCACUUGUAAAGUGGUCCUAAAAAUUAUCCGUGCUGUUAUAUUUUAUGCUGUUUUCUAUGAUAAGUUGGCUGAAACACGUGCACCUGAUGAUGUUCUUAUAAUGGCAUUGCACAUGCUGUCAUUGGGUUUAGACAUUUGUUUUCAGCAGAGAGAACCUGGGGACAUGUCAUUUUUCAACAGAGAUUCCAUUACCAUGCUUGCUUUUGCUUGUGAAGAAAUUCAUGACAGAUUAAAUUAUGGUUCUGGUGAACAGAGCUUGCUGUCACUUCUUGUCUUAUUGAUGAGGAUGCACCAGAGAAAGAAUGUCGACAACUUUUUGGAAGCAGACUCUUGUAAUUUUUCUUCUUUGAUUGAAAGCUUAUUGAAGAGGUUUGCAGAGGUAGAUUCAGGAUGCAUGGCUGAACUGCAACAACUCGCACCUGAAGUGGUCAUUCAUUUAUCACAAUCACUUGCAAGUAGUGUUGUGCACAAUAUGGGAUCAGCUUCUGAUAGUGAGAAGCGCAAGGCGAAAGCCCGAGAGAGACAGGCUGCUAUGUUGGCAAAAAUGAAAGCUGAGCAGUCCAAGUUUUUGUCAAGCAUUAAUUCCGCUGUUGAUGAUGAUUCGAAAUGUGGAUUAGAUGAAACCAACAGGGAUAAAGAACAGGAUUUAGAAGAAUUUGCACAAGAUGUUUGUUCCCUUUGCCAUGAUCCUAAUUCCAAAAAUCCUGUAUCCUUCGUGAUUCUUCUUCAGAAAUCGAAGCUUUUGAGCUUAAUUGACAGACGUCCCCCAUCCUGGGAUCAAGUUCAGCAGUUGGACAAGGAACAAGCCUUUAUAAAUACAAAGAAAGUGACUGAUCAAGCUGGAACAAACACUUCUUCAAGUGGUACAGUAGUGAUUUCAUCUAAUCAAUUCGCACGGUUGGUUGAAAAUGCAAUUAAUGAGUUUGCUGAUUAUGCUCAACCUGGGGAAACAAGUAAUUUUCUAGAAUCUGUCGAAACUCAGUUUCCAUCAUUGAGGAAUGCUCAAGCGCCUAGCUCAUUGAAGAAUGGAAUUGAUAGAACUGCAUAUACCUUAGAGAUACUAGAACAAGAUAUGUACAUAGCCAUUCGGAAAGAGAUGAAUGAUAAUAUUCUAUUUUGUGAUUCUGGAGUCAAGAAUGCAGAAUUUUCAGCAGAUGAAGGUGGCCUUAAAAGCAGCAGCAGUUCUGGUUCUGUAUUGCUUGGAAAAUACUUAGCUGCUUUUUCAAGAGAGAGGACAGAGCACCCUUCAUCUUCUGAAGAUACUUUUGAUGACAUUGCAAGGAUGGAUUCCACUUCACAGGUUUCCACAUGUGAUGGAUUUGGCCCAGCUGAUUGUGAUGGGGUUUACUUGUCUUCCUGUGGACAUACUGUGCAUCAGGGCUGCCUUGAUCGAUAUUUAUCUUCAUUGAAGGAAAGAUAUGUAAGAAGAAUUGUUUUUGAAGGAGGGCAUAUUGUUGACCCAGAUCAGGGUGAAUUUCUCUGCCCUGUGUGUCGUCGGCUAGCCAAUUCUGUCUUGCCUAUGUUGCCUGGGGAUUUCCAGAGGUUUUGGAUGGAGCCUAAGAUAUCGACUGUUGCUUCAACAAGUGCUGCAGGACAUUUAUCUACAUCAAUUGAGGAAAGUAAAUUGCUUUGGCUGCAAAAAGCCUUAACUCUCUUGCAGUCUGCUGCAAACUUUGUUGAAAAGGAAGAUAUUUGGAAGAUCUUUCCCCUGCAAAGAAAUGAAAGAAUGAAGCAAAAUCUUGAUUCAAUCUCUCAUGUGCUCUUUAAAAUGUACUUUCCAAGCACACAGGAUAAGUUCUCAAGAUCCAUGAAGGCAAACUAUUGCAUGAUUAUGUGGGAUACACUUAAAUAUUCCCUUAAAUCUAUGGAGAUUGCUGCUCGUUGUGGCAGGACUUAUAUGACUCCAACUUAUGGUCUUGAUGGCUUGUAUAAGGAACUUAAAUCUUCUGGUGGAUUUAUCCUAUCAUUGUUGCUAAAGAUUGUGCAUAGUUUGAUGAGUAAGAAUUCUCUUCAUGUGCUUCAUAGAUUUAGAGGUAUUCAGCUCUUUGCAGAGUCCAUUUGUUCAGGAGUCUCAAUGGACCGUGCCAACAGUGCUUAUGGAUGUGAAGGUGAUAUGUCAUCCAUUUUGAAACAUGUUGAAAAGGAAGUACCAUAUGCUGGCAUGCAAUUUUGGAAGCAAGCGUCUGAUCCCAUCCUUACUCAUGAUGCUUUUUCAUCGUUGAUGUGGAUUCUCUUCUGUCUUCCACACCCAUUUUUAUCAUGCGAGGAAUCUUUGUUAUCCCUUGUGCAUACCUUCUAUAUAGUCUCUAUAACUCAGGCCAUACUUACUUCUUGUGGGCAGAAGAAAUAUACAAGGGAACCAGGUUUUCAUGAUUGCCUGAUUACUGACAUCUCCAAAGUUUUAGAAGAAUCUGGAUGGAUCCAGCAGUAUUUUGUUUCAAAGAAUAUGGAUACUUAUUCCAAUACCAUGGAUGUAAUUCGUAGAUUGAGCUUCCCUUACUUGAGGAGGUGUGUGUUGCUCUGGGAAUUAUUAAGCACUUCUUUCUCAGAACCCUUCUGUAAUAGGGAUCAUGUGCUACAUGCCAUUGAUGAUGACACAAUGGACUACAUGAAUGGUGGUAUAGUUGAGCUCAAUGAAGUUCAGAAACUAGAAAAGAUUUUCAAGAUUCCACCACUGGAUGUUGUUGUCAAGGACCAAGGAAUACGAUCUUUAGUUAUGAAAUGGUUACAUCACUUUCACAAGGAAUACGAAGUCUUUGUUUUUCAGUCCGUUUUGCAUUCCACACCUGCGGUUCCAUUCAAAUUGAUGCAGCUCCCUCAUCUAUACCAGGAUCUACUCGAGAGGUAUAUAAAACAACGUUGUGCUGACUGCAAGAGUGCGAUUGAUGAACCUGCUCUAUGCCUGUUAUGUGGUAGAUUAUGCUCCCCGAUCUGGAAGCCGUGCUGCAGGGAAAGCGGAUGCGAACCUCAUGCAGUGGCUUGUGGUGCUGGGAUAGGUGUAUUUUUGUUGAUCAAGAGAACUACAAUUUUGCUACAAAGAUGUGCACGUUUGGCUCUAUGGCCAUCUCCUUACUUGGAUGCAUUUGGUGAAGAGGAUAUCGAAAUGCAACGAGGAAAGCCACUGUAUCUGAAUGAGGAGCGUUAUGCUGCUCUAAUAUACAUGGUUGCUUCUCACGGCCUUGAUCGAAGUUCUGAAGUCCUUGGACAAACUACCUUUGGAUCUAUAUUCUCAGUCUAGUUUGGAAGGUGUUCUUCAUUUUUAGUUGGGUGUGGGGCAUUGGACUUUGGACUCCUGAACUAUGUUUUGGCUCCAUCACUGCUGGCUUCACUGUAGGGCACUCCUAAUUGAACUAUACGGAUGUCACCUCCCUGCAUUUGGUUGGGUAGGAAAAAGAAAGAGUCUUAGCCUAAUAUCUUUACAUGAUGGAAUUUUUGCGGGCGUUUUGGAGUCUUCUCUCCAUGAGUUAGAAAGGCCUGGUCUCAUGGUUUUGUCUGGUGUGCAAUGGUUGUAAAGUUCCUAUUGCAUUGGAAGCCCCAUUUGCAAUCAUGUUUCACUAAAUAAGCGAUGUCCUUCAUGCAACAAUCACAUCUGUAUACGAUGACCAGCUGCUUGAACUGUACAGCUUUUUGUUCUUUUCUAAAUCAAGUAGCAGAUAAAAAGCCAGUAUUUCCCUAUGUCCUCAUUUUCUCUAAUGGUUUUUUCUGUCCUUCCGUGUCUGUUUUCAUUGUGAUCCUUUCUGGGAUGGGAUUUUCAGCUGGCAAAGUUUGGGUGAGUCGUGCGUGAGGAAACUGGUGGAUGACAUUUUGUAAAUGUUGUAUAUAGUUCAUCUUUAUCAUUCUAGCGAACAGCUUGUUUUUUUAUUUUAUUUUAUUUUAUUUUUAUUUUUUAAAUGAUAAGGUAGCUCAAAAUUUUAAUUGA